UUUUUUUAUUCUCUACAUAAAACGAAGAAAAAAAAGAAAAAAGAAAAGAGAAAACGAUAAAGGAAAUUUCCUGGUUCGUAGAACGGUAAGCGAUUUCAAAACGAUCGAUCAGUCGUUCCCCGAACGAGCUCUAAAAAAGAAAGAACGCGGCGCGAGAGAAGGUUGAACAUUCUCUCCGAUUUUCUUCACUCUUUUGUCGCACACAACAGAAAUAAGACGGGUGACAGAAAUAAGAUUGAGACGCGCGUGCGCUAGAUCGCAAACGAUUUAUCAAUAUAAGAGAUAGAAAAAAAGAAGUGGCAUGUUUAGUACAUAAGAUAUGUACGAUACCGAUAAAAUCCAAAGUAAACGAGCCGAAUUUAAGUGAGUUCAUAUAAAUCUUUCUUGUGUAUCAUUGUAAAUGUGUGCGUGUAAACGUGUAUAUUUGUUAUGUCAACGUGCAUUCAUCGAUUCCGUUCCAAUUCGAUCAUCAAGAUAAAUAGAUCGACAAAAUGAGCGCGGGAAAGAAACUCAAGUAUCCCAAAUCGGUAUUUUUCAUCAUCAGUAAUGAAUUCUGCGAGAGAUUCUCUUAUUAUGGAAUGCGCACGGUUCUGACAUUGUAUCUUAUAAAUGUUUUGAACUAUCCUGACAGCACUGCGAUCGUAAUUUAUCAUGUCUUCACGAUGUUCAUUUAUUUCUUUCCAUUAUUCGGAGCUAUCCUAGCAGAUUCCAUACUUGGAAAAUACCAUACGAUAUUCUAUAUUAGUAUAAUUUAUGCUGUGGGACAACUCUUGUUGGCUUUGAGUGCCAUACCGCCACUGGGAUUGCCACCAAGGGAAUUUGCAUUAUUGGGUUUGUUUCUUAUAGCUAUUGGUUCGGGUGGUAUAAAACCUUGCGUGUCAGCAUUUGGUGGAGAUCAAUUUGUAUUGCCGCAACAGGAACAACAACUUUCGACUUUCUUUUCUGUUUUUUAUUUCUCAAUUAAUUCGGGCUCCCUAAUAUCUAGCUUUCUUACACCGAUAUUAAGAAGCGAUGUGACUUGUUUUGGUGAUAAAACAUGCUACUCUUUGUCUUUCCUAGUACCUGCCGUAUUGAUGUCAAUAUCGAUCGUGAUAUUCAUGCUUGGUAAACCUUUGUACAAAAUUGUCGAUCUCCAAGGCAAUGUCGUUGUUGAUGUCACCAAAUGCGUUUGCUACGCGAUCAAGAAGAAGAUACAAUCGAAGAAAAAGGUGGAUCACUGGCUCGAUCACUCAGUAGAUUUAUAUGGUCGAAAGUUAGUUGAGGACAUUAAAGAUUCCUUGAAAGUAUUAAAGAUGUUCCUCCCUUUACCAAUCUUUUGGGCUCUUUUCGAUCAACAAGGAUCGAGAUGGACAAUCCAAGCGACAAAAAUGGACAGUAAAGUUGGUAAUUUCUUGAUACAACCUGAUCAGAUGCAAGUAUUUAAUCCAUUGUUGGUUGUGAUCUUUAUACCUAUUUUCGAAACUUGCAUUUAUCCAAUAUUUUCUAAAAUUCGUCUACUUAAUACGCCUUUGAAGAAGCUUACAAUUGGUGGUUUAUUGGCCGCACUAUCCUUCGUUAUAUCUGCUAUUAUUGAAUUACAACUUGAGAAAACAUACCCAAUACUUCCUACAACUGGAGUGGGCCAAGUAAGAAUUUUCAAUACCAUGAAUUGUGAGAUACCAAUACAGAUUAAUGGUGAAAAAGGGAUUAUCAAAGCUCUAGAUUUUUGGGAAAAUAUAAAUAUCAAAACUGAUAAAGGCUCGGCUAAUUUGAAGUAUUAUUUAGAUAUGACAAAGUGCCAAUCAUAUAAAUUUCCCGAUAAUAAAAUCGAAGACGAGACGACAAUAAACGAGGCAAUUGCUACAUCAUGGGCUAUUACACCUGAAGGAAUGUAUAAAUACAUUGACAAUGUGGCAAAAUCAAAGAAUAGUUUUCCUUUGGUUCGUGGUCUUAUUUAUUUGUCACCACAAUCAAGGAAAGAUUAUGAUUCUAGUUUAAUAUUUUAUCAAGAAUCGACAUUUACCGAUGAGAUUACAUUAAAUGGAACAAUUUUCACUGAAACUUCAUUACAUAAACUCAAACCACAUACAUAUAAUAUUUAUUUAAAUAAAAAUCUAUUAUUACAAAAUGUGGAAUUAAAAUUAGGUGGAGUAUACACCAUUGUUGGUUAUGACAUGGGAAACAAUGAAACGAAAUUAUCAAUUAAUACUGUAACGCCUCCUAAUUCGAUGCAUUUGUUUUGGCUAUUACCACAAUACAUUGUCAUUACGAUGGCGGAAGUCAUGUUUUCAGUAACUGGAUUGGAAUUUGCAUUCACACAAUCACCUUCCAGCAUGAAAUCCUUAAUGCAAUCUUCCUGGUUACUUACAGUAGCUUUUGGCAAUCUUAUUGUUGUUAUUAUCGCAGAGGUAUCAUUCUUCGAAAGACAGGUUUAUGAGUUCUUCCUAUUCGCAGGUCUAAUGUUUAUAUUUAUGAUAUUAUUUGGUAUAAUGACAAUGUUCUAUAAAUAUACGGAAAUAUCCGAAACAAAUGAGGAGGAAAUCGUAUUGGAAGAGAAAAAGGGAUCUAUUAAUGCAUCGUAUAAGGACGAUGAAAAAUGAAAAAUACAAAUAAAUCUUAAAGAUAUUUGAAUUUUUUCCUGUUUUCAACUUUCUGUUGAAUGAUAAAACAUAUCAACCUAAAGAAUAAUGAAGUUUUCAUAACAAAGAUCGUUAUGUUGAAUGUGCAAUGAAAGAAAUACAUUGACAUAGGUGAUGAUGUUAUUAACGACUAUAUGGAAAGGAUUUAAGUGUACGUGAAAAAAGUAUAAAAAUUAAAUUUUUGAAUUAUAGGAAAUAUUGCAAAGGAAUUUACGUGUAAUAUAUUUAUUUUUGCUAGAUCAAAAAAAUAGUUAGGAUUUAACACAUCAGAAUAAAAUACGCAUUACAAAUUUUGAUACAUACCAAAUGAGUAUUACUAAAUUAAUACUCCAUGUUUGUAAUUAGUUAUUGAAAAUAAAUUAGAAAUAUUUAUAAUUGUAUUUGUUUUAUACAGAAUCGAUUAUUUUUCACGAAAAAUGUCUAUUUUCCUUUCUUAAAAUUUGAUCCAUCCAUGCUACUCUUUAUGGUAAUCAUUUUUUAAAUAAUUUCAAAUUUAGUAAAUAUAAACCUUAGUGUUUAAUAAUUUACGCAUCUGUUGUUGCAUUCUGUUAAUUUUGCAACAUGACAAUGUAAAUGCAAUCAUGGUCAAUUAAAAUAUAAUUUUAAUUUGUAAAGAAUAACAUAAUAUUCUAUUAUAGAAUUAUAUUGUGAUUAAUAUCGUCGUUCUGUCGUAAGAUAUUUAACAAUUGAAUAUUUUCUUAAUUUUAUUGUACUUUACACAAAUACAAGUAAAUUAACAUGUUAAUGAACUAUAUUCUGUAA